AUGGCGCUCCAGUAUGCCAAGGGAGAUACGUCGCUGUACAUCCCAGGAUUUGGCGACCAGCCAUUGAGUGUCGCAAAUAUUGGCGAUGAUAACGCGGGUCAGACUACUUGGCAGGUAGUAGGAGGGACGCCGACGGGAACCUUUCAGUCGGCUGCGUUCGCUGGUACUGCCACCCUCAUCGAAGGCCCUCACGCUGCCUUCGUCACCGCGCAUGCGCCGUCUGGCAUCGGAAUCGCCAUCCUAUGUUCCGUUCUAAACGGUAUCGCAACUUGCACAGAAGUGGUAGACGGGAAGACGACCAUUGUCAUUGAGCUCGUGACAGUCAUAGUGGUCCAAGGCGGGGGGACAGCACCCGUGCAACCUGCCACGAGCAUAUUCUCUUCGCCCGCGACUGCAACCGUAACAGUCACCGCGAUCGCGACGUCCUCAUCCCAGCCAUCGUUUUCGCCGCAGAUUACAUCCUCUAUUGCACCCUCGACUACAAAUUCGCAAUCACAGUCAGCGUCUGCGGCCUCGAUAACUGCCACACCAACACCAACACAGGAUAAUGUUGGCACCACUAUCCUGCCGUCUGCAUCCCUCAUUCCUGCCGUAAGUGGAGCCAAGGGGAGGCAAGACAGUGGAUUGGAGACUGCGGUUGCAAUUAUUGCAGUCUUCGCCUCUCUUGUCAUCGCGGCAUAG